GACCAUCUGUAUAGAAGUAGACGCACACUUGACAAUCUUCGCCUCAAGACAGUAGCAAUGCGCGAGACCAUGCGCAUGUGGGACGACGAGAUUUUUCCGGGUACUAUCUCGAGUGUCGUGCGACGACCUGCGAGGGAAGGCAGCACCAACAACGAAGUUGAUCAGAUUUUGGCAGGCAUCGAGGAUGAGGAGGUCGAGCAAUCAGAUGAGGAGGACGGGAAUGGGCGAAGCGGCACGCAGGAUAAUGUAGAAGAGGAUUAGG